AUGUCACAACAGCCCAUGAAUCAAGCUUCAUCGUCACAGAAACCAGGGCUACAGGAUCAACCAGAAAAGCCUAAUGAAUUGCAAGCAUCUCUGUUGACUCUUACUAAUACUCAAACCCAGUUUAUGACUGAGACUAGAUCCUUCAUCAAAAAUUUAGAGAUGCAAGUGGGGCAACUGGCCAAUAUGUUGAAUAAUAGGCCUCAAGGGAAUUUUCCUAGCAAUACUGUGGGGAGCUGUGAAAAAGUUGAGCCUCAAGUGGAGGAAAAGGUUACUGAAGGCCUUGCAACCAAAGAGAAUAUUCAACCAGUAGUUGUUGAUUCUAAUGUCAAAAUCCCGUAUCCACAACGACUCUGGAAGACUUCUCUUGACAAACAAUUCUCCAAGUUUCUUGAGGCGUUUAAAAAGCUUCACAUUAACAUCCCAUUUGCUGAGGCUUUGGAGAAAAUGCCGAGUUAUGUGAAAUUCAUGAAAGAUAUUUUAUCAAAGAAACAAAGGUUGGAAGACUUUGAGACAGUGGCACUUACUGAAGAGUGCAGUGCAAUUCUCCAAAGGAAGCUUCCACAAAAGCUUCAAGAUUUGGGGAGCUUUACUAUUCCUUGUACUAUAGGGAAAUUUGAAUGCAAACAUGCUCUUUGUAAUCUUGGAGCAAGUAUCAAUCUCAUGCCUCUAUUUGUGUUUCGGAAGCUUGGUCUUGGUGAGGCAAAGCCUACUACUAUUACUCUUCAGCUCGCAUAUCGAUCAAUCAAGCACCCAAGGGGAGUUAUUGAAGAUGUGCUAGUCAAGGUAGACAAGUUUAUUUUUCCAGCAGAUUUCAUUGUUCUAGACAUGGAGGAGGAUGCAAACAUUCCCAUUAUUUUUGGAAGACCAUUUUUAGCCACAGGGAGAGCACUAAUUGAUGUACAAAAGGGGGAGUUGAAGCUGCGAGUGCAAAACGAAGAGGUAACAUUUAAUGUUUUUUCAGCAACCACCAAGAGAAAAACCAAUGUUGAAAUUGGUAGUCGAGCAGUUCAUCAUUGUUUGAAACGGUUCUAUAGUGGGAAGGCUCGAAGGCUACACGAGCGGUGGAAGGCUCUGAUGAUUAGCAACAUCAAAAGAUGA